AAAAAGACCAGGCUAUGAGAUGGCGAGGAGGUUCAGUGUAUUGGAAAUCCUUCUGCUCGUCUUCUUUGUAAUUGUGCUGCUCAUGGAUAUCUCCUUGCUGUUUCUUGUGUUGGAGAAAACUUCAGAUACUUCGUUUACUCCAGAGUGCCCUGAGAUCCCCCAGUCAGAAAGGAUAGACUGCAUACCUGGCCAACUGGUGACAGAGUAUAUGUGCAGAUGGCAGCUUAAGUGCUGCUGGAAUCCUGUGGCAGAUCCCAAUAUCCCUAGGUGCUUCUUUCCUAGGAACUGGGGCUAUGAAGUCAGCAGUGGCCGUACAAAUACAAGCACAGGGUUUACUGCCCGGUUGAAAAGGUUGCCAUCUCCAUCUCUGUUUGGAAAUGAUGUUACCAGUACCCUCUUCACAGCUGAAUAUCAGACAUCCAAUCGGUUCCAUUUUAAGAUCACUGAUUUCAAUAACAUACGCUAUGAAGUCCCCCAUGAAAAUGUGAAGCUGCUUAAUGAGACUGCUAAGAUCUCCAACAUGAGCUAUUAUAUAGAAGUCAUCAGUAAACCCUUCAGCUUCAAAAUAUUGAGGACGAGCAACAAGAGAGUCUUGCUGGACACGAGCAUCGGGCCCCUCCUGUUCGCCCAGCAGUACUUGCAGCUGUCUUUCCGACUGCUCAGUGCCAAUGUGUACGGGCUGGGAGAACAUGUGCACCAGCAGUACCGCCACAACAUGUCCUGGAAGACUUGGCCCAUCUUCACCCGGGACGCCACCCCCACGGAGGGCGUGAUUAAUCUGUAUGGUGCUCAUACGUUCUUCUUGUGCCUUGAAGACACCAGCGGCUCCUCUUUUGGAGUUUUUCUGUUGAACAGUAAUGCCAUGGAGGUCACCCUUCAGCCUGCUCCUGCAAUCACUUACCGCACAAUUGGGGGUAUUCUUGAUUUUUAUGUAUUCCUGGGAAACACUCCAGAACAAGUGGUUCAGGAAUACUUGGAGGUUGUUGGACGACCAUUCUUGCCUUCCUACUGGAGUCUUGGGUUCCAGCUUAGUCGCAGGGAUUAUGGUGGCCUGGAUGGAUUAAAAGAGGUUGUAAACCGCAACCGUUUAGCCAAGAUCCCAUAUGAUGUCCAGUACUCUGACAUAGACUACAUGGAUGGAAAGAAGGAUUUCACCACUGACCAACAGGCUUACUCUGGUCUCCCAGAUUUUGUCAAGGAAUUACAUGACUAUGGACAGAAAUAUGUGAUUAUUAUGAAUCCUGGCAUCGUCAAUGACUCUGAAUACAAGCCCUAUAAUAAUGGAAGCAGAAUGAGAAUAUGGAUCUUGAGCAACAAUGGGAGCUCUGCUAUUGGGGAGGGCUACCCUGGGCUAACAGUCUUUCCUGACUUCAGCAACCCAGAGUGUACUCAGUGGUGGACAGGCCAGUUUGCUGAAUUUCAUGAUUACCUGGAGUUUGAUGGAGUGUGGAUUGAAAUGGAUGAAGUAUCUAGCUUCCUUCAAGGUGCUGCCCAUGAGUGUGAAUCAAACAACCUGAACUAUCCUCCUUUCACUCCUAGUGUGCUAAACAACUUACUUUUUGCAAGAACCCUCUGCAUGGACACAGAGUUUCACCAGGGCCUUCACUAUGACGUCCACAGCUUAUAUGGAUACUCCAUGGCAAGAGCCACAGACUCAGCCUUGGAGACUGUCUUUGUCGAUAAAAGGAACUUCAUCUUAUCUCGCUCUACUUUUGCUGGAUCUGGUAAAUUUGCUGCUCAUUGGUUGGGGGACAAUGCAGCCACAUGGGAUGACCUCCGGUGGUCCAUCCCUAGUAUCCUUGAGUUCAACUUGUUUGGCAUCCCUAUGGUAGGUGCCAACAUCUGUGGUUAUACAAAAAAUGUCACAGAGGAGCUUUGCAGAAGGUGGAUGCAGCUUGGAGCAUUUUAUCCUCUAUCAAGGAAUCACAAUGGCCCUGGGUUUAGGGACCAGGAUCCUGCUGCCUUUGGUGCUGACUCCCUGCUGCUGAAUUCCUCCAGACACUGUCUGAACAUCCGCUACACCUUGCUGCCCUACUUAUAUACCCUCUUCUACUAUGCUCACACCCGGGGGGACACGGUGGCGAGGCCCCUCAUCCAUGAGUUCUAUCAGGACUCAGCCACGUGGGAGGUGCAUGAGCAGUUCUUAUGGGGGCCUGGACUCCUCAUCACACCUGUUCUGUAUGAAGGCAGGGAGCACGUGGAAGCAUACAUACCGGAUGCCACCUGGUAUGACUACGAGACAGGAGUGGCCAUCCCAUGGAGGAAACAGUUGGUGAAUAUACCACUCCCACCUGAUAGGAUAGGACUUCACCUUCGCGGGGGCUACAUAUUUCCCACCCAGAAGCCAAACACAACUACUGAGGCCAGCCGGAAGAAUUCUUUGGGACUCAUUAUUGCCUUGGACUAUAAAAGAGAAGCCAAGGGGGAGCUGUACUGGGAUGAUGGCAUAUCUAAAGAUGCUGUAACUAAGAAGAAAUACAUUCUGUACGAUUUUUCUGUUACCUCUAACCGUCUACAGGCAAUGAUUACAAAUAAUAAUUACAAGGACCCUGACAACCUCACGUUUAAAGAUAUCAGAAUCUUGGGAAUGGACAAGCAGCCAAUUGAUUUUACUGUCUUUGUGAACAAUGUUUCCACCUCCCAUCUGAGCGUUGUCUAUAAUCCUUCCACAAAGGUGUUGACCAUCACUGAUCUCCAGGGACUGGUGCUCGGACAAGAAUUCUCUAUAGAGUGGAACCUUCCAGUCAGUGACCUGGAGAAGUUCAACUGUUACCCUGAAGAUCCUGCUGCCUCUGAGGAUAGUUGCAGACAGCGGGGGUGCCUUUGGGAGCACACAACAACUCCUGGUGUGCCCACUUGUUACUAUGACACCAUCCCUGAUUAUGCUGCCAGUAAAAUUCAGUACCUGUCCACGAGCAUCACUGCAGACCUUACUCUCCUGAGGGCCCCUGAGUUGGCACGGGCAGCGGAGUCCUCACGGGCAGCAGAGGUACCACCACUGCCAUCGAAGGAUGCUCUACCCCCACCCUCAUCAGCAGCAGAUGCUGCUGCCUCUGGUUUUCUCUCUGCAAAGAUCAACUCCCUCCGCCUGAGUGUGACCUAUCACACAGAAAACAUGCUGCAGGUCAAGAUCUAUGAUGCCAUUGAUAAAAGGUAUGAGGUCCCAGUACCUCUGAAUACCCCUCCCUCUCCAGUCAGCUCCCCCGAACACUGUCUGUAUAAUGUUAACAUUCAGAACAAUCCUUUUGGAAUCCAGAUUCAGCGCAAAAGCUCUGGCACUGUGAUCUGGGACUCGCAACUGCCUGGCUUUACCUUCAAUGAUAUGUUCCUCUCCAUUUCUACUCGUCUCCCAUCUCAGUUCAUCUAUGGCUUUGGGGAAACUGAGCAUAUGGCUUUCAAAAGAAACAUGAGUUGGAACACAUGGGGAAUGUUUGCUCGCGAUGAACCACCAGCGUACAAGAAGAAUUCCUACGGUGUCCACCCUUACUACAUGGCACUGGAGGAGGAUGGAAGUGCCCAUGGGGUGUUCCUGCUGAACAGCAACGCCAUGGAUGUAACUUUACAGCCCACUCCUGCCCUGACAUACCGCACAAUAGGAGGGAUUUGGGAUUUUUAUAUGGUUUUGGGGCCAACCCCUGAACUUGUAACUCAGCAAUACACCAAGCUGAUUGGUCGGCCAGCGAUGAUUCCGUACUGGGCCUUGGGAUUCCAGCUGAGUCGCUAUGGAUACCAGGAUGAUGCUGAAAUCUCCAAUUUGUAUGAUGCAAUGGUGGCAGCCCAGAUUCCCUAUGACGUCCAGCAUGUAGACAUCGAUUACAUGGACCGAAAGCUGGACUUCACCCUCAGCCCCAGCUUUCAAAACCUGAGUCUCCUGAUUGAUCAAAUGAAGAAAAAUGGCAUGAGGUUUAUUCUCAUUUUGGACCCAGCCAUUUCUGGAAAUGAGACGCAGUAUCUCACAUUCACUAGAGGACAAGAAAACAAUGUGUACAUCAAGUGGCCUGACACCAAUGACAUUGUCUGGGGAAAGGUUUGGCCAGAGCUGCCCAAUGUACAUGUGGAUGAAUCUCUUGACCAUGAAACUCAGGUUGAGCUGUACAGGGCCUAUGUCGCUUUUCCUGACUUCUUGCGCAAUAGCACAGCUGUGUGGUGGAAGAAAGAGAUAGAAGAGCUCUAUGUAAACCCCCGGGAGCCAGAGAAGAGCUUGAAGUUUGAUGGACUUUGGCUGGACAUGAAUGAGCCAUCGAACUUUGUAGAUGGAUCUGUCAGGGGCUGCAGCGAUGAAAUUCUCAAUAAUCCACCCUAUAUGCCAUAUCUGGAGUCCAGGGACAGUGGCCUGAGCAGCAAGACCCUGUGCAUGGAGAGCCAGCAGGUCCUGGCGGACGGCUCCACGGUGCGGCAUUAUGACGUGCACAGCCUGUACGGGUGGUCCCAGACCAGACCCACGUACGAAGCCAUGCAGGAGGUGACAGGGCAGCGAGGGGUCGUCAUCACCCGCUCCACAUUCCCCUCUUCUGGCCGCUGGGGAGGACACUGGCUGGGAGACAACACAGCUGCCUGGGACCAACUGGGAAAAUCUAUCAUUGGCAUGAUGGAGUUUAGUCUCUUUGGAAUACCAUAUACAGGAGCAGAUAUUUGUGGGUUCUUUGGAGAUGCUGACUAUGAGAUGUGUGUUCGCUGGAUGCAACUUGGGGCAUUUUAUCCAUUUGCCAGGAACCACAACAACCAUGGGACAAGGAGACAAGAUCCUGUGGCCUGGAAUUCAACCUUUGAGAUGUUCUCCAGAAAAGUCCUCCAUACCAGAUACACCCUGCUGCCUUAUCUCUAUACACUGAUGCACAAAGCUCACGUGGAGGGCAGCACGGUCGUCCGGCCCCUUUUGCAUGAGUUUACAGAUGACAGCACAACGUGGGAUAUAGACUGUCAGUUCCUGCUGGGCCCUGCCAUCCUAAUCAGCCCUGUGCUGGAAAGUAACACCUUUGAGAUCCAGGCUUAUUUUCCCAGAGCUCUUUGGUAUGACUAUAGCACGGCAUCUGGCAUCAAAUCUUCAGGUGAGUGGAGAACCCUGGAGGCUCCCCUCGACCAUAUCAACCUUCACCUCAGGGGAGGCCACAUCUUGCCUUGGCAAGAGCCUGCAGAGAACACUCACUCCAGUCGUCAAAAAUUUAUGGGAUUGACUGUUGCUUUGGAUGACAAUGGGGAAGCUGAAGGCCAGCUGUUCUGGGACGAUGGACAAAGCAUUGAUACCUAUGAAAAUGGAAAUUAUUUCUUGGCAAACUUUACAGCAUCACAGAACAUCUUGAAAAUCCAGACCAUACAUAACAAGUAUUUGAGUGACUCAAAUCCAUUAAAAGUUGGAUAUAUUAGAAUCUGGGGUAUAAACGCUACUAAUGUGAGACAAGUCAGUUUCACCUAUGACAACCAGCAAUUUAUGGAGAUGAAUUUCAAGAGUGACCCUUAUAGACAGACACUAUUUAUUGAAUUGACUGACAAGAUUAUCAGCCUGGAAAGGUUAACUGAGAUUAUUUGGAUUCAUGGUGAUCCUGUAGUUACUACUCCAGCUAUGACAAGCACCUUCCCAAUGAGUCCUCAUCCUUCUCUGGCUACUCCGAAGGCUACCAGUCCUGAGACCACCAUCACUAGUGUUGCUACUACAAGUACUACUUCCACCACUAGUUCUACUACUCCUAGGACAACCACUCCUCCAAUGAGUACUACUGAUGGUAUAACUAGUAGUACUGUUCCUGAUGCAACCACUCCUUCCCCUACAAGCACUGCUACUACUAGCACUAGUAUAACUCUCCCCCAAACAACUUCCACAAAAAGUUCCACUGUUGUUACAACUAGUACUACUGACAUUACAACUAGGACUACUGACAUUGCCACUAGUAGUACUGUUCCUGAUGCAACCACUCCUUCCCCUACAAGUACUAAUACUACUAGCACUAGUGCAACUAGUCUGAAAACAACCACUGCUUCCACAAAAAGUUCCACUAGUGUUAUAACUAGUACUACUGACAUUGCAACUAGUGCUACUGUUCUUGAUGCAACCACUCCUUCCCCUACAAGCCCUACUGAUGUGACAAUCACUGCUAUUGAUCCUGAGGUAACUACCUUCUCUACAAGUACUGGCACUGGUAGCAAUAGUACUGCCACUCCUGUCUCAGCCACUCCUUCCCCAACAAGUACUACUGACAUUAUAAUCACUUCUGCUCUCCCUGGUGUAACUACUACUUUCUCUGGUACUGGUAGCAUUAGUGCUAUGAUUCCUGUCCCAGCCACUCCUUCCCCAACAAAUAAGACUGACAUUACAAUCAGUGCUACUGUUCCUGAUGUAACUACUGUCUCUACAAGUUCUGGUACUGAUAGCACCAGUGCUGCCACUCCUGUCCCAACCACUCCUUCCCCAACAAGCAAGACUGAUGUUACAAUCAGUGCUACUGUUCCUGAUGUAACUACUACUUCCUCUACAAGUUCUGGUAUUGGUAGCACCAGUGCUGCCACUCCUGUCCCAGACACUCUUUCCCCAGCAAGCAAGACUGAUGUUACAAUCAGUGCUACUGUUCCUGAUGUAACUACUACUUCCUCUACAAGUUCUGGUACUGGUAGCACCAGUGCUGCCACUCCUGUCCCAGACACUCUUUCCCCAGCAAGCAAGACUGAUGUUACAAUCAGUGCUACUGUUCCUGAUGUAACUACUACUUCCUCUACAAGUUCUGGUAUUGGUAGCACCAGUGCUGCCACUCCUGUCCCAGACACUCUUUCCCCAGCAAGCAAGACUGAUGUUACAAUCAGUGCUACUGUUCCUGAUGUAACUACUACUUCCUCUACAAGUUCUGGUACUGGUAGCACCAGUGCUGCCACUCCUGUCCCAGACACUCUUUCCCCAGCAAGCAAGACUGAUGUUACAAUCAGUGCUACUGUUCCUGAUGUAACUACUACUUCCUCUACAAGUUCUGGUAUUGGUAGCACCAGUGCUGCCACUCCUGUCCCAGACACUCUUUCCCCAGCAAGCAAGACUGAUGUUACAAUCAGUGCUACUGUUCCUGAUGUAACUACUACUUCCUCUACAAGUUCUGGUACUGAUAGCACCAGUGCUGCCACUCCUGUCCCAGCCACUCCUUCCCCAACAAGCAAGACUGAUGUUACAAUCAGUGCUACUGUUCCUGAUGUAACUACUACUUCCUCUACAAGUUCUGGUAUUGGUAGCACUAGUGCUGCCACUCCUGUCCCAGACACUCUUUCCCCAGCAAGCAAGACUGAUGUUACAAUCAGUGCUACUGUUCCUGAUGUAACUACUACUUCCUCUACAAGUUCUGGUACUGAUAGCACUAGUUCUGAGACUUCUGUCCCAGCUACUCCUUCCCCAACAAGCAAGACUGAUGUUACAAUCAGUGCUACUGUUCCUGAUGUAACUACUACUUCCUCUACAAGUUCUGGUAUUGGUAGCACUAGUGCUGCCACUCCUGUCCCAGACACUCUUUCCCCAACAAGCAAGACUGAUGUUACAAUCAGUGCUACUGUUCCUGAUGUAACUACUACUUCCUCUACAAGUUCUGGUAUUGGUAGCACUAGUGCUGCCACUCCUGUCCCAGACACUCUUUCCCCAACAAGCAAGACUGAUGUUACAAUCAGUGCUACUGUUCCUGAUGUAACUACUACUUCCUCUACAAGUUCUGGUACUGAUAGCACUAGUUCUGAGACUCCUGUCCCAGCUUCUCCUUACCCAACAAGCAAGACUGAUGUUACAAUCAGCGCUACUGUUCCUGAUGUAACUACUACUUCCUCUACAAGUUCUGGUAUUGGUAGCACUAGUGCUGUAACUCCUGUCCCAGACACUCUUUCCCCAACAAGCAAGACUGAUGGCACAACUAGUACUACUGUUCCUGAUGCAACUACUCCUCUCUCAAUAAACAAUAGCAGUGCUAACACUGGUGCUACUGUUUAUCCUACAGCCACACUUUCUCCUACUGCUAUUCCUAAUACAACUGUACCAUCCCCUGAAAGUAUUACUGCCUCUAUUUCAACCACUUCUUUUCUGACAAGUAUUACUGGCACUAGAAUUAGUACUACUGAUAUUAACACUACCUCUUCUCUACCAAGUCCUGGUACCCCUAUUUCUAAUAUAACUCCUCCUCCUUCAACAAAGAAUACUUACACCAGCACUAGUACUAAUGUUUCUUUUAUUACCACUUCCUCUCUUACAAGUAAUGAUGAUAUUAGCACUAAUACUGUUCAAAUUACAACUGCUCCUUCUCUUAAAAAUACUGAUACUCAUUCUACUAGCAAUAGUUUUUCUUCUAUUACUAAUUCAUCUGGAAGUACUAAUGCAAAUAUUUCUACAAAUACUGUUGUCUCUGGCACUAGCAAUGAUGGUUCCGUAACAAAUCCUCUUUCACCUACAAUGACUGGUGGGGACAUCACUAGUAAUAGUAUUUCUAUAAAGACUACUCCUUUUUCUACAAAUGCUCUUGCUACGACAUCCACUAGUAUGAAUCCAAUUACUACAAAUGUGAAUAUUACCACUUUAGGGAAUGAAAAUAUAACUACAGGAGUCACCACAGUCAAUGUGAUUACACAGGGUACAAAGGCUACUUCUGUGGAGACUCAAGUCAUUUCAACCCCACCUCCUGCAGGUACCCCUGCUGAUACCACCACAGGUAAUGUAUCUCCAACUGCACUUACCACAAAUACGAACACAGCUUAUCCUUCAGAUAGUCCAACCCAUAAUUUAAAUACCACCUCCACAGCUACUGGAGAUUCCACUAUACCAGAUUCCACCAGUACAAAUAUCACCAGCACGAUACCGGUUGUUACAGAUGUAGCAGGUACUUCUACUAAGGACGGCCUAACUAUGGUUAAUGUUAGUCUCACAACUGCUGCUGUUGUGAAUGCUGCUCCUACUUCUACAAGCACCAUAAUUGCUAGUACCCAAAACUUUGCUACUUCCUCACGUGCAAUCAACACAAGUAUUACAUCUACGACAGAAGUCACUGGAGAUGCCAUUACAGCAUAUACUACCACGAUAGCUGCACAUUUUUUCAACACAAAAACUACAAAAUCAAUUGUAACUUCUAAUGCAGUCCAUACAGAUACUUACAUCCCGAGUACCACAGCUGUUCCCACCACCAAUACUAUAAACACUACCAGACAUUCAGUACAUGUUACUGAUGCAGAUAACUCCAGCAGUGUUACGGAUAACACUACACACAUUUCUAUUCCAAAUAUCACAACAGCACCCAGUGCUACUACAGACAUUAUGAAUGAUACCACACAUGCUUUAAAUAACACAACCCCUGGUGGAGCGACAGCAGAUACUUCUACCACUGCAUCUGUUUAUGCUGCCUUAAAUUCUACUCUAGUUCCAUGAUUACCAUUCAAGGCAAGAUAAUUGCCUCAGAUAACUCUUUAAGACAACUAUUACAGAUUGGAAUAUCAGUUAACAGAUGUUCUAUCUUACGCUACCUAAGUUUUCACAAAUAUUAUUCCUCUAGCCACACGAGAUGGCUACUCCAAGAACUGUAGGCACUGAAGAUAUGGUUAGGGAUGCAUCCUUUAUAAACUGUGGAUAUUUCGUAGCCAGAAUAAGUACUAUUGUUCAUUAAAUUAUGAUUUUCCUCUAACCCCAUCAUUUAUAGACAAUUUAUAUGUACUUGCUACAGAUGUCAGAAGUUAUCUUGGUAUGUUUGACAACACCAUGUUAAGCCCGGUAAAUACUAUUUCUUUAGAUGUUGUUAUUUUGAAAUACACCAACUUGUUUCUUGGGUUAUAAGACAUAAUACCAUAACCAAGACCACUGGAUGUACUCCUGGCAUUCAAAUGACCUCUGUAACAAGUAUUACAGUACAGUAUUUAAUUAGUAAUGCUAACAACUGCACUUUAUUUUCCUGUGAACUUUUUAAAAUACCAUGACUACCAACAUAGUCAUUUACUAUUACACAUACUGAAAGCGUUAUUGCUUUUGAAGAGAUCCUAGCUCUAGCUACAAAUAUAGAUUUUGCUACCAUUGAAGAUUUUGUAUAUACCUUUACUUCAGACACUAAAAUAAUUAAAUUAGAAAUAAUACUUGUUAUUUUUACUAUCAUACAAAAUAAAAUAUGAUUAUAGAUGCUAAAAACAUAAAUUCUAAAACUUUGCAGCCAUUAUUCCCAUAGGUACUACCUACACCCUUACUAGUACUACUAUUUAUAGACAUUAAAGUGCUUCCAGAGAAUUAGAAUUAAUCCUAAUUCUGAGGCAGUGCAGGCCCUUGCUGUUACCGUGAGUGAUUGGCUGUGAUGCUAGUAUAAACUAGAAAUCAUCCAGAGAUGAGAUUGUAGAGAUGGCUUAGAAGACAUGAUCUCUGCCCUGGCAUCAGAACUCAUAAUCUUAUUUGCUUUUUCUUUUUAUCUAACAGUAUUUCCUUUAUUAUUUUACUGGCAAGACUCUCGUUUGGAGUGUUAGGGCUUUCAGUAUGCUCUUGGUCUUUCAUAUCCAAAUUCACCAUCUAUCCUUGACCUACUACUUUCUUAGGUCAUUCAGCCCUCCAUGAGGUAGAUUCAUGGCCAUUACCAAAUCUAUCCAGUUGGGUGCUGUUGAAGGCUUAACCCUGGAACAAUAUUCUCAAAGUUUAGUUCAGGGGUCCAGUGAGUUGAUCUUUUGGGGGCACUUAAGUUCAUAUCUAUUUUCAUGAUAAUACUAAAUUGUUCUGGUUUUCAACUCUCAUUUUCUCAUUAGUAUACAGUGGCAUUUUUCACAGACUCUAUUCCAUGUGGUAUCACAAUAGAGGAAUAUAGAAACUAAGAAUCUAGCUGUCUUCUAUUAAACCAGACAUUAAAAAGAUUUAUAAAACGUAAAAUAACACCAUUCUUACUGAUUUGUUUUUUUUUUUUUUUUGCUUUGGAAAGUCAGUUAUUUUUCAUAAAAUAUGUAUUAUUUAUGUUAGCACAUAGUGGAUAUGUUAUUUUUUAUGAAUAAAAAUAAAUAUUUAGAAAAUAUUUUAUAAAUGACCCAAUUUCUAACACAGUAAAUAUCAGCAGAUACAAUUCACAUUGUCAAAGCACAUUGCUCUCCUUAAUUUUGAAUUUAAAGGGGUUCUGAGGCCAAAGAGUUUCCACUGGGCAAUGUUAUCUUGUUUCUUCUCUCAGAUCCUGGUGAUGUAUACCACAUAGGUACUCCAGCAUCUGUGACUUGCUCCAUGCGACUGAUUACUGCCUUCUGCAAACAUAUCUGCCUAGCUUUCUCACUGGCCACCACAGCUGCCCCAUUGUUUGGUCAAUUUCAUGAUGUCCAUCCAUAUUAGGAACACAGAUUUCUCAGUCAGAUGCAUUUGACUUUUGGAAUCUGCUCACAAGCCAUCAUCCUCUAAACAAAGCUAAUAGAUCAUAUGCUAGUGUGUACAGGGUGGACAUAAAGUUCGUGUGCAAUUUAAAGUUAUAACUACAACUAUUUUAAAUUGUACACGAACUUUAUGUCCACCUUCUAUAUGACUCUUAAGUUGUCCUCCCAACUCAAAACUUGUAGUUCAGUAGACUUGGUCAUAGACUUCCUCACAUGUAUCUUACUGAGCAAAAACUGGUACUUUCAUCUUCCUAGCACCACAAACUCCGAAAUAGGACAAAAUGCUCUGUGUCCUUAGGCACCACUGAAUCCUGCUGCCAGCCCACCACCCUAGCCCUGAUGGGUUGGCCAGAGGCUUUGCUUAAAACACCUUGGAAUUAGAACACUAAAGAUGUUGGGGCCUUGGUGUAUGUCACACUUUAUGGGGGCAAGACAUGAUUGCAAGAGGGACCUAACAAUUGCAAUCAGUGUAACCUGGCUUAUUGUACCCUCAAUGAAUCCCCAACAAUAAAAAAAAAGAACACUAAAGAUGAACUUUCUUUUUUUUUUUUUUGUGGUUUUUGGCCGGGGCUGGGUUUGAACCCGCCACCUCUGGCAUAUGGGACCGGCGCCCUACUCCUUGAGCCACAGUCACCGCCCAAGAUGAGCUUUCUUGAACAAGCAGAGUGCUAAAGUUCCUGAAAUCUAUCCCCUUGGAUAUAUAAAUGGAGUGAAAGUAUGAAAUUUUGAAAAUGUAAGAAGUAAUCUGAAAAAACAAAAUCAACAAAAGGCUGGACUUAGUUCAUCUAUUUGGAGAGACUUGAGAAUUAAAACUUGAGAGUCAAUACUCAAAGAGUGUUCCUGGAACCAGGCUCAGAAAAUCUGGGGUCAGUGUUGACAUGCAUAUAUGACAAUGGCAACACUGAUAAAACUUGUGCCUGAUUUAUAAGAUCUAGGGAAAACCUAAGCCCCAUAAUGACUUGGAAACUGGUCUCAUGGGACUACCCAUAUGGAUGACAUUAAUUCUGAACUAAGUAUUGUGACUCAUGUUCUAAAUACAGAAGAAUCUCCAUAGGUGACCUUCUCCCUACAUUGACCACCUCCUUAAGUUGACCUAAUUUUCAUAGAGCAGAUAUGUACCACAUGUACGUAUCAGUACUAUAGGCCUAGUUGCUUAUGACGACCACCUAUGUGUGUUGACCAGUUUGUCACAGUCUCUUGCAUGUUUUAUCUACAGAGGUUCUUCUGAUACUUGAGACAUUUCUAUCCACACCAUUACCACUGGACAUAACUAUUUUUACACCUGAAAUUUCUAGUUUUUCUAUUUCAUUUUAUAUGAUAUUCUAAGCAUCAUCAUGAAAACACUAUUUACAAACCAAUUAAGAGUCAUCACACAUAGCAUAUUAUUAAUUUUCCAAUGAGGGGUAUAUAUGAAAGAUGUUUUGAAUUAGCAGGAAAUUCACUGGAGGCUGGGGUACUUAGAAAUGCUUUGAGGGACAGGGUAAGCUGGGAUGUGCCUUAUGGCAUAGAAAAUAGUUGGGAAAGCAUUUCAGGUGGAGAAUAAGUUGGACAAAUAGUGCAACUUUACAUAGUAUAAUUAGAAGAUACAAAAAGGCUACUCUUUCUAUAGCAGGAACAUUGUGAGGGGAGAAAAGGUUUAAAGUUUAUCAGUUUUCACCACUAAACUUCAGUGUAUCUGAGAUUAGACUUUCAUAUGAGAGUUGGAAGAAUGUUCAUUUCAGCAAAGGAAUUUAUAGGGGUAGAGAAUGCUUUGCUUUUCACACCCCCUCUCCCAUGGGGGUGGAGGGUCCUUUGUAUGACGGGCACUGCAGAAGGCUAGGACUGCUCAUGGAGACUGGCAGUAUCUGUUAGAAGCUCUGACUAGCAUCUCACUCCCAGAUGAGCACUUGCUGAGCUGUACAAACUCUUAGCCUGCCAGGUAACACAGUGGAGCAAGGAGCAUGAACAAAGCUCACAGAAACCUCUUAAUAUAUCUCCCAGAGUGUGGAAGUCAAUGAAAUCACAGAGAUUGGGGCCAAGGUCUUUCUUGGAGAAUUCCAAGGUUGGCAGGGAUUGGAGACCCUACGGUGGUGAUAUGGAGCCAGAGUAGCAGUGGUGCAACCUGGGGGAUUGACAGGCAAGAAGCUGAAGCUCCCCAGGGACAUGAGGUAGGAGAUGGCUGGGACAGAGUUGUCAUGAAGAUGCUUGUCUAAGGGAUAGAGGAUGAGAGGUUGCAGAUGGACCACCAAGAAUAGAAACCAACUGUAUAGUGGGGAGAGAUCAAAUAGGUCAUGCAGAUUGCAUCUCAUGCCAUGUUAGAUGAUUCACAAAGGCCUCUGAAGAACUCACUAGAGUGCCCACAAGAAGAAACAAAAUCUAGGGCUCUGUCACACCGAGGGUACCAAUGAAUGCCUUGCCAUAGCCAUAGCAUCAAUCCCAUGAGAUACAUUGCCUUUUUCUCUAAUGCCCAUCUGACCACAGAGAAGACCCCAAAACAGCCAAGGGAGAGGAGGAGAAGGCAGAAAUGUGAAAGCAGAUUGCAAUAUCCUUUCCCAAAGCUAGAGGAAGCCAUUGAGGGAAAGAGAAAAGUUGACAUGGAAGUAAGGCUGGCAUACUGAUUUAGACUACGCCAACUCUUCAAGACUGGUAAACAACCAGAAUGUUAUAAGGAGUAAGAAAAGGAUUUCAACUCAACAUUGAGGGAGAGGGGCUAAGAUUCAGAAAAACAUUAUAAACCAGAGAAUGAGAAAAGGCAUAGUACUAUCUCACUUCACAGUUACCUUGUUAGAAUGGUGGAUAGUGAAUAAUUACCCUUAACAUUGUAAUAUUUUAUCAACUACUCAUUUCAGAGAAAAACUGAGAACAAGUUAGGGUUAGAUCUGGGCCCCUCAUGAACUUUGAGGUUUUCUCACUUUAGCCAAUCUCUAAGACCUUUAGAGAAGGUGGCUUUGGAAGUUCUUUAAUUGAGGAUUGAGAAAAGUUUAGCUCAGGACAGGGAGUAAAAGGGUCUAUAGGAUCUAUGGGACUUGUUACACAAUAACUCUUUAUAUUUGCAUCAUAACUCAUAAUUUGCAAAGGAUUUCCCAUAAAUGAU